AUGCGCAAAUACUUCUCUGGAGCGCUUGCGGCACCUGGUGCGCGUGGGGUCACGCGUUCAAUCCUCUCCUUGGCACAUGUCAAGAGUGGACUUCACUCUUUGAUCUUCAGGAGUUACCUGCUGAGCGAUGAGCAUCCAUUAUGGACUGCUCAGGCAUGGGCAUGGUCUUCAACAAAUUCUAGCCAAGAAGGGAGGAGGACAAUACAAGCUUCAUUUAGUUCCUUGUAUCUUGGAGGGAUAGAUAAUCUCCUUUCAUUGAUGCAAGAGAGCUUCCCUGAACUGGGUUUGACUCCCCUAAUAAGACCUUUUUUCAAAGCAAAAUCUGACUAUGUGAUGGAAUCUAUUGCCGAAGUUGGCUUCGAUGGGAUUUGGGAGAGAUUUUAUGAGAAAGAGGCAGAAACAACAUUAUUGAUCUUCACUCCCUAUGGGCAGAAAAUGAGUGAAAUUUCGGAGUCUGCAAUUCCUUUCCCCCAUAGAGCUGGUAAUAUCUAUAAAAUCCAAUACUUGGUCUAUUGGGAAGAUGAAGGAAUUGCAGCAUCUGAGCAGCAUAUAAGUUGGAUAAGGAGGCUGUACAGUUACAUGGCUGCCUAUGUUUCAAAAUCUCCAAGAGCUGCAUAUAUGAAUUAUAGGGACCUUGACAUUGGAAAAAAUAAUAACAAAGCCAAGACAAGCUAUAGACGAGAAAGUAUAUGGGGUGCUAAAUAUUUCAAGAAAAACUUUAACAGGUUGGUUCAUGUGAAGAUUAUGAUCGAUCCUACUAAAUUCUUCAGGACUAAACAAAGCAUUCCGGCCUUUUCAUCUUGGUGA